AGGAGCCGGAGGAGAGGAAGAUGGCGGCGGCCGCCAGCACCCGCGGUGCCGCGGGGCCGCUCCGAGGAGCCUGAGAGACCCACGGACGCUUCGCGGGAAGACGAGGCGGCGGAGGAUGAGCCUGCAGAGCGCGCAGUAUCUCCGAUUCUAAGCUGGGUCCAGCUGAGGUCUGGACAUCUCGGCAGGCUCUGCAGGACCUGUACCAGAAAAUGCUCGUUACUGAUUUGGAAUAUGCUUUAGACAAGAAAGUAGAACAGGAUCUCUGGAAUCAUGCCUUUAAGAAUCAGAUCACAACACUACAAGGCCAGGCAAAGAAUCGAGCAAACCCAAAUCGGAGUGAAGUUCAGGCAAAUCUUUCUCUGUUCCUAGAGGCAGCUAGUGGCUUCUAUACUCAGUUACUACAAGAGCUGUGUACAGUGUUUAAUGUAGAUUUACCAUGCCGUGUGAAGUCUUCCCAACUGGGGAUUAUCAGCAAUAAACAGACGCAUACCAGCGCCAUAGUGAAGCCACAGUCUAGCUCCUGUUCCUAUAUCUGCCAGCACUGCCUCGUCCACCUUGGAGACAUUGCUCGAUACAGAAACCAGACCAGCCAGGCAGAGUCCUACUAUAGGCAUGCAGCUCAGCUUGUCCCCUCCAAUGGUCAGCCUUACAAUCAGUUGGCUAUUUUAGCUUCUUCCAAAGGAGACCAUUUGACCACAAUUUUCUACUACUGCAGAAGUAUUGCUGUGAAGUUCCCUUUCCCAGCUGCCUCCACUAAUCUACAAAAAGCACUUUCUAAAGCACUGGAAAGCCGGGAUGAGGUGAAAACCAAAUGGGGUGUUUCUGACUUCAUCAAGACCUUUAUUAAAUUCCACGGUCAUGUAUACCUGAGUAAGAGCUUGGAGAAGUUGAGCCCUCUUCGAGAGAAAUUGGAAGAACAGUUUAAGAGAUUGCUAUUCCAAAAAGCUUUCAACUCUCAGCAGUUGGUGCAUGUCACUGUCAUUAACCUGUUUCAACUUCACCACCUUCGUGACUUUAGCAAUGAAACAGAGCAACAUAGUUAUAGCCAAGAUGAGCAGCUGUGUUGGACACAGUUGCUGGCCCUUUUUAUGUCUUUUCUUGGCAUCCUGUGCAAGUGUCCGCUCCAGAACGAGUCUCAGGAAGAGUCCUACAAUGCCUACCCUCUUCCUGCGCUCAAGGUCUCCAUGGACUGGCUGAGACUGAGACCCAGGGUUUUUCAGGAGGCAGUGGUGGAUGAAAAACAGUACAUUUGGCCCUGGCUAAUUUCUCUUCUAAAUAGUUUCCAUCCCCAUGAAGAGGAUCUCUCCAGUACUAAUGCCACCCCACUUCCAGAAGAGUUUGAGUUGCAAGGAUUCUUGGCUUUGAGACCUUCUUUCAGGAACUUGGAUUUUUCCAAAGGCCACCAGGGUAUUACAGGAGACAAAGAGGGUCAGCAACAACAAAUACGGCAACAGCGUUUGAUCUCUGUCGGCAAAUGGAUUGCUGAUAAUCAGCCAAGGCUGAUUCAGUGUGAAAAUGAGGUAGGGAAAUUGUUGUUUAUCACAGAAAUCCCAGAGUUAAUACUGGAAGACCCCAGUGAAGCCAAAGAGAACCUUAUUCUUCAAGAAACGUCUAUAAUAGAGUCAGUGUCUGCAGACGGGAGCCCAGGACUGAAAUCAGUGCUGUCUUCAGGCCGAAAUCUAAGCAACAGCUGUGACUCAGGAGAGAAACCAAUGGUCACCUUCAAAGAGAACAUUAAACCACGAGAAGUGAACAGAGACCAAGGAAGAAGUUUUCCUCCCAAAGAGGUGAGAAGGGACUAUAGCAAAGGAAUAACUGUAACUAAGAAUGAUGGAAAGAAGGACACCACCAAGAGGAAAACUGAAACCAAGAAAUGCACCUUAGAAAAGUUACAGGAAACAGGAAAGCAGAAUGUGGCAGUGCAGGUAAAAUCCCAGGCAGAAUUAAGAAAGACUCCAGUGUCUGAAGCCAGGAAAACACCUGUAACUCAAACCCCAAGUCAAGCAAGCAACUCCCAGUUCAUCCCCAUUCAUCACCCUGGAGCCUUCCCUCCUCUUCCUAGCCGGCCAGGGUUCCCGCCCCCAACAUAUGUUAUCCCCCCUCCUGUGGCAUUUUCUAUGGGCUCAGGUUAUACCUUCCCAGCUGGUGUUUCUGUCCCAGGAACCUUUCUUCAGCCUACAGCUCACUCUCCAUCAGGAAACCAGGUGCAAGCUGGGAAACAGUCCCACAUUCCUUACAGCCAGCAACGGCCCUCUGGACCAGGGCCAAUGAACCAGGGACCUCAACAAUCACAGCCACCUUCUCAGCAACCCCUUACAUCUCUACCAGCUCAACCAACAACAGCACAGUCUACAAGCCAGUUGCAGGUUCAAGCUCUAGCUCAGCAACAACAGUCCCCUACAAAAGCUAUGCCAGCUUUGGGGAAAAGCCCUCCUCACCACUCUGGAUUCCAGCAGUACCAACAGGCAGACCCCUCCAAACAACUGUGGAAUCCCCCUCAGGUUCAAGGCCCAUUAGGGAAAAUCAUGCCUGUGAAACAGCCCUACUACCUUCAGACCCAAGACCCCAUAAAACUGUUUGAGCCCUCAUUGCAACCUCCUAUAAUGCAGCAGCAGCCUCUAGAGAAAAAAAUGAAGCCUUUUCCCAUGGAGCCAUAUAACCACAAUCCCUCAGAAGUCAAGGUCCCAGAAUUCUACUGGGAUGCUUCCUACAACAUGGCUGAUAACAGAGCUGUCAUGGCACAGCAGGCAAACAUGGACCGCAGGGGCAAACGGUCACCAGGAGUCUUCCGACCAGAACAGGAUCCUGUGCCCAGGAUGUCAUUUGAGGACCCCAAGAGCUCCCCUCUGCUUCCUCCGGACCUGUUAAAGAGUCUGGCUGCCUUGGAGGAAGAGGAAGAGCUGAUUUUUUCUAACCCUCCUGAUCUUUACCCAGCUCUGUUGGGGCCUCUCGCCUCUCUUCCUGGACGGAGUCUCUUUAAAUCCUUAUUGGAGAAGCCCACAGAACUCAUGUCACAUUCAUCUUCUUUCCUGUCCCUCACUGGAUUCUCUCUCAAUCAGGAAAGAUACCCAAAUAAUAGUGUGUUCAAUGAGGUAUAUGGGAAAAACCUGACAACCAGUUCCAAAGCAGAACUAACUCCCGCAAUGGCCCCCCAGGAAACGUCCUUGUACUCUCUUUUUGAAGGGACACCGUGGUCUCCAUCACUUCCUGCCAGUUCAGAUCACUCAACACCAGCCAGCCAGUCUCCUCAUUCAUCCAAUCCAAGCAGUUUGCCAAGCUCUCCUCCAACACACAACCAUAAUUCUGUUCCAUUCUCCAACUUUGGACCCAUUGGGACUCCAGAUAACAGGGAUAGGAGGAUCGCAGAUCGAUGGAAAACAGAUAAGCCAGCCAUGGGUGGGUUUGGCAUUGAUUAUCUCUCAGCAACUUCAUCCUCUGAGAGCAGUUGGCAUCCGGCCAGCACUCCAAGUGGCACAUGGGCAGGCCAUGGCCCCUCCAUGGAGGAUUCCUCUGCUGUCCUCAUGGAAAGUCUAAAGUCGAUCUGGUCCAGCUCCAUGAUGCACCCUGGACCUUCCGCUCUGGAGCAGCUGCUAAUGCAGCAGAAGCAGAAACAGCAGCGGGGACAAGGCACCAUGAACCCACCACACUGAGGCCAGAGCGGCAACCUGAGAACGAAGGUUCCAUAAACCAUGGCAUGUUGGGCUUGCAGGACUGGCCCACACAGUCCCCUGCAGGUGGCAGCCCUCUUUUCUGUUCCUUGCUGUCAAGAGGGUGUAAGUGUUCCACCAGCCCGCUGAGUGUGCACGAAAUGUCCGCAGUGCAACAAAAAGAAAAACCAUCAGGAACUCUCCGUCCCCCCGGGGCCUUCCGGAGGGAGAGAGGAACUGCUGUUUGUCUCACUCAGUUACCUGACAUUACUGCCUCUCACCUUCUCCAUUGUGCAUGUCCCCAGCCACAUGGGAAGUGAAAGCUGAGAA